UUGUAAUCUGGCAACGCUGGAGUAAGAAUUAUUUCUUUCCAAAACAUUGUCAACAAUUUUGGAAAACUUUGGAAAUAUCGGUUUCAAAUUGGGGUAAAAGGCUUGCCGAACAGACAAAAUGGUCAAAGACAUACCAGACAGAUGGUUGAAGUACAAACCGAUUGGAGAUCGUGUUCCUGGCACUCGCUUCAUCGCCUUUAAGGUGCCGCUGAAUCAGCAUGUCAACGCCAAAGUGGAGGAGAAUCUUCGCCUGGCGCCCGAAUCCCUUCUGCAGUUCGUGCCCGAUCUGGGUCUCAUAAUCGAUUUGACCAACACGGACCGAUACUACCACCCAAGUGCCAUAACCAACCACGAUGUGCGCCACCAGAAGCUGAUGAUCCCCGGAAAGCAGACACCUUCGCAUAAGCUAGCUGAAAGAUUCUGUGCUUUCGUGAAAGACUUCCUUGAAAGCAACGCGGAUAAUGACAAACUAAUUGGUGUCCAUUGCACACAUGGAGUAAAUCGAACUGGUUAUCUGAUCUGCUACUUCAUGAUCAGCGUAAUGAACAAGUCCCCUGAGGAGGCGAUACAAACCUUUUCAUUGGCCCGCGGCCAUGAAAUCGAACGCAACAAUUACUUGAGUUCUCUGAAGACACUCCCGAAUCGGGAGACCGUAUCGAAGCUGGCUGCCACAGAGAGGAGAUCUUCCACAAUAGAAGAUUGGCGUAAACAAGCUGCCGAUUACCAAAGGGAAAGAGAUGUGCAUCAGAAAUACAAACACAGACUGUCAGGAGGCUUUAAAGCGAUAUCCUAUCAGGGAGACGACGGGAAGCAACAUCAGUAUUCCCGUAUCCAUAGACCGCAUCCAGACGAAGAGCAAUAUAGGUUUCAAAGUAACCGAUCAGGAGGAGGCUAUCAGCUGGGCUCGAACCAACAUCCUUAUUCCCGUAACCAUAGACCGCAUCCAGACGAAGAGCAAUAUAGGUUUCAAAGUAACCAAUCAGGAGGAGGCUAUCAGCUGGGCUCGAACCAACAUCCUUAUUCCCGUAACCAUAGACCGCAUCCAGACGAAGAGCAAUAUAGGUUUCAAAGUAACCAAUCAGGAGGAGGCUAUCAGCUGGGCUCGAGAAGCUAUCAACAGGACCCUCAUCAAAGGUAUCAAAGGAACUGGGAUUAUUCGAGAAGAAACUACAGCGAAAGAAACUACAGUGAAAGAAACUACGGCGAAAGAAACUACAGUAAAAAAAACUACAGCGAAAGAAACUACAGUGAAAGAAACUACAGCGAAAAAAAGUACAGCGAUCAAAAGUAGCCGCUUCGUUCCAUUUAAUGUUAUAGUUUUACAAAAUCCUUGAGUGUAAUAAAUUUCGAACGGAGUGUUGAUCAAUUUGUAAAUUAUUGCUAAUUAGCUGCAACUACAAGUACGACAAUUAAAAUUCAUUUGAGACCA